AAGGAUGCAUGCAUGGUGCCAGAUAAGAGCAAACCGCGGUUUUCUGCCACCAUUUGUAUGCCUACCACCAAUUAUAUGUCUACCCAGAUUUGCUGCCCUUAUGACUGAGCGAGCACAAUGUUAUUAUAAGGUAACAGACAGGGCUCAGUGUCGACUGUGGUAUCGUUGCCCCUCAACCUUCACCUUGCUACGGCCUUUUUGUUUGAAACACUUGAUCAGAACACCCCAAGUGCCCAUCACUCGAAGCCAUCUUGCUCCCAAGGAUGCCGGAGAACAAGAAGAAAACUUCCGGGGAGGACAAUGCCUCCACAAGCAAGUCGUCAUCGAAGAGCAGCUCAAAGAUCUUUGAGCGCGUGAACAAGAUGUGGGGCCUGCUCAACCAGAUAAAAGAGGAUGCAGGAGCGGUUGACGACUUCGCCAAGGUCAUCGAAAACUCUAAAAAGUUGGCUGAGGACCUAAAAGCCAAAGAAUCUGAGGUUCAGGGACUGCAACAAGAGAGGGAUGUGGUCGUCGUCGAGAAGAAUCUCAUGUGGAAGGAAUUCGCCGAACAGCAGUUGGAAUACAGCAACCAGCUCAAGGCUGCUGAUGAAAGGAAUCGCAACGUUGAUCGCCUCCAGGUUGAGCUUGAAGACGCAAGACAAGAGGCAAAACGCCUGGGGGCGGAAAAUAAAACCCUCACGUCCGACCUCGCCAAAAACAAAUCGACGUUGCAGAAAUGUCGAGAGAGCCUGAAGAUAACCCAGGCACAACGCACGGACCUUGAGCUUCGUUAUUCCAUGGCCGACAACGAACUGACAACUCUUCAAGACUUACUUGGAGAAGGCCAGCUGGAGGAAUUUGACAUGGAUGCUCUCGCCGAGAGCCUUACAGCCUUUGCAGCCAGAUGCCACAAGACAGUCCUCGGAUGUUUCCAAGGACUGAACGUUCCGCCUGCCUCGCUCCCAAGCCCUACCGGCGACAUUGAGCGUCUCCCCCUGUCCUUGUCGAUGAGCACUUCUGCAAAACUGAUGAGAUGCGCACUGGCCGAGUUCGUGCUGAGCAAGGCCCUCGUGGAUCACAUCUUUACAGACAUUUAUUUCCCUGGCCAUGUCGGCCGACAGGAAACCCUGUCCACCAUCUUGGGAGAGUUGGAAGAAUUGGACCCCCGUCGUGGGGCAGCCGCCCGCUGCCAGUUGCUUUUGGUAUUUGAAGCAGGCGAAGAACAGCACUCGAUGGCAGUUGAGUUUGCCAAAGAGGACAUCUUCAAAGUUCUCCGUCCGUUCCUGCCCGUGGGUCCGAUUCGAGACGAGUUUGAACAAAAUAUCGAGGCCAUCCUCAAAGAAGCAAUCGCUAUUUGGGAGUCAAUGCAGAGAUCGAAGAACCGGAUUACUGCCGAGCUCUCCGUUGAUUCCGAGUAUCUUGAACGGGACGACUGCUAUCCAGAGUAUGGCGAACUCACCGUGCCCCCAAACACCAUCUCUCCGGGGCACUCAGACGUUAAGGACACAGCUCUGGUGCCCCUGCGCCCUCAAUUCAGCACAAACCGGGACAUAUUACUGCCUACCGUUGCUCUCUGGCGGCCCCAAGAAGCAACCGUCAACGCAAUCGUUGAGCUAGAACUCGAGAGCUCCCGGAAACGAUCUCCCGGACAAACCAGUGGUCUCAGGCGACAGGUCGCCAAGCGCAGGCAGAGCAUAGAUUAUGCGGCGAGACCGGCUUCGGCGACGGGAUUGCCAAGUCUCCCAGCCACCCCGUCUGUUGGAAACAAGCAGAAUGUGGCGCGAACCAACAUGGCGGCCUCGCAGCUCCCCGCCACCCACGCCAAGAGCGGCCCAGCAAGCCAGUAAGCUUGUUUCGGCGCGGAACGGGAAUAAUGGGAUCGUUCUUCAGUUGAACUGCAAACGCGGGCCUGUUCAAUUGGCCCGUGAGCCGGGGCCAUGACGAUUCCAAACCUU